GGGGUCGGACCGGGUUGUAAAAACCAAAUCGGAGACGAAGCAAAGAGAAGACGCCAGAAACAAAGCGAGCACUCCGACCGCCCAACGACAUGCCGCUCCUCCACGGCGCCAGCCUCCGGGCCCUCCUCGCCGGCGCCGCCGUGGCGCACCUCUCCUCCUUCCCCAUCGUGCGGGCAUCCCCGUGCGCUCCUCCCCAGCCGCUGCGGCUCCGCGCCUUCGCCUCCCACAGCGCCUCGGAACCUCCGCCGCCGCCCCCCUCCUCGCCCUCGCCCUCCACCUCGCGUGUCCUCGCCUCCGCGGCAGCGGCGUGCGACUGCGAGGAGGGGGCGAAGCCCGCGAUCUGCACGGCGGACGAGCUGCACUACGCGCCCGUGCCAGGCACCGAGUGGCGGCUCGCGCUCUGGAGGUACCGCCCGCCGCCUGAGGCGCCCAAGAGGAACCACCCACUGAUGCUGCUGUCCGGUGUGGCCACCAAUGCGGUGGGAUUCGACCUGUCCCCUGGGGCUUCCUUUGCCCGUCAUAUGUCUAUGCAAGGGUUUGAUACAUGGAUUGUUGAGUUGCGUGGUGCAGGCCUCAGCACACGUGGAUCAGAAUUAGCUGCAGCUAGCACCAAGUCUGACAUGUCCUCUAAUUCAGGUGUGGAUAAAAUUUUGACACAGAAAGUAAAUGUUGUUCCUCCUGCCAAGGAUAUGUCAACUAAUGAACCUCAAAGUUCUGAAGUUCCAGUACUAACAGACACGAAUGUGCUAGAAACAAACACAUCAGAAGAACCACAACUGGUGACAAAGUUAGCAAAUGCUUUGGCACAAUUGAGUGUAACAUUUUCAGGCUAUGUAAGAGAUAGCCAACUGAGAAACAUCACUGACAGUUUUUUUGAUCGAGUGACAGAACUUGUCCCUGAUGCCUCAUUAACUAGUAGUCUUGAGGAGGUUGCAGAUAAAUUUCUAGGGUUGAUGGAAUUGCCACAGACAUCAGCAAUAUAUGAUCAAAUUAGCCAAUUAAGUCAGCGCCUCGUGAAGAUUCUUGGGGAAGGUCAACAAAAUGUUUCCCCUCGGUUAUUUGGCUGGCAAGAACGCCUCUCCGCAACCAUAGAGGAUCUCCAGAAGCAGUUGGAGCUGAUUAUUAGUUAUGAUUGGGACUUUGACCAUUACCUGGAGGAGGAUGUACCUGCAGCGAUAGAUUAUAUAAAACAGCAGAGUGUACCCAAGGAUGGAAAAUUGCUUGCUAUUGGUCAUUCUAUGGGAGGAAUCUUGUUGUAUGCAAUGGUUUCGAAGUGUGGAUUCGAAGGGGCUGAUCCAGAGCUGGCAGCUAUUGUUACUCUGGCCUCAUCAGUUGACUACACAACAUCCAACUCCUCGCUCAAGUUAUUUGUGCCUCUUGCAGAUCCAGCUGAGAUGUUGCGUGUUCCUGCUGUCCCUCUAGGAACAUUACUAUCAACCACUUAUCCUAUAUCAUCUCGUGCACCAUACAUAUUGUCACUGCUACGCUCUCAAAUUUCAGCCAAGGAUAUGAUGGAUCCUGAACUGCUUUCAAAGCUCAUCUUGAAUAACUUCUGCACAGUACCAGCAAAGGUGUUAUUACAGUUGGCGACCUCAUUCCGUGACGGUGGGCUGCGAAACAGGGCUGGUACUUUUUUCUUCAAAGAGCAUUUAGGGAAAAUCAAAGUUCCGGUGCUUGCCCUUGCUGGAGACGAGGAUCUGAUUUGCCCCCCAGAAGCUGUUUACGAAACCGUGAAAGUAAUUCCUCAGCAUCUGGUCACCUAUAAGGUUUUUGGCAAACCUGAAGGCCCUCACUAUGCACAUUAUGACCUGGUUGGAGGGCGGAAGGCUGUCCAUGAAGUGUACCCUUGCAUAAUAGAGUUCCUCUCUCAACACGAUGAUGUGUCUUCUUAAGCUCUUACUGCACGUAUACAUCAGAACUGCCACACGCCAUUGUAUACAUCAGAACUGCCACACGACAUUGCACGAUGGUCAUCCUACACUGGAACCGGAUGGUACUGUAAUCACCAAAAUGUCAGUGAAGUGGUGAGUAGCAGAGGUGUUUUUUUCUGUCUCCUUUGCGCAGACCAAGCUUCUAGUUUGUUUCUUCAGAACCGUUGAUCGUUAGUGUAGUGUGUCGCCUGUAAAUGCUAUGUACAUUACCAAAAGGAGGGAUUGAAGAUGAUUCAACUAAAUUUUGCUUCGCGCCUACCCUGGUACUGAUGAUUGUUAGCAAAAUUAAAUAAAAGUGUACGAUCAUGUUUGUAUUGA